AUGGAUUUCCCUGCAGCGCCAACGGCGCAACCCGGGCGGCAAGCAUCCACCAGUGGCGUCGUGCCACGUGUGUGCCACGUCAGCCUGGAGUAUUCCAUUCCAGGGGUGAAUUACUCUGCGUCAGUGGGCGGGCUGUUUAAAGUGGUAGACCUUUUUAUCCGCAAAUUCCCCUUCCCCCUCUCCUUGAUCGUUCCUCGCCUGGCGGAUUUCCCCCUGCCGAGCCUACCUCCUGCCGAGCCUGCGAAGCAGGGCUGGCCAAGCAGCAGUGGCGCAUGCCCCCCUCUCUCACUUUCUCUUCCCCACUGCCUGUCCCCCCUUCUUCCCUCCGUGCCUUCCCCCCUUCUCCCCCCCCCGCCCAGGUGCGCCAGUGCCAGCGCGGAGAUGGUGCUGUAUUCCGCCUCGCCUGGAGCCAAGCAGUGCCAAUUCCCCCCCUCGUUCCCCUUCCCUUCCUCUCCCUGCCCCCCCCGCGCUCCCCUCCCUCCCGCGCCUCCUCCUCCCCCCAGGUGCGCCAGUACCAGCGCGGAGAUGGUGCUCUAUUCCGCCUGGAGCCAGGCAGUGGCGGAUGCUGCUCACGUCAUUGCGCCCCAUGCUGAUGUCAUACACCUGCAUGACUACCACGGUGAGGGGAAGGGGGAUGCAGAGGGGGAGGGGGGAGGGGAGGGGGAGGGGGAGGGGGAGGGGGAGGGGGAGGGGGAGGGGGAGGGGGAGGGGGAGGGGGAGGUGGAGGGGGAGGGGGAGGGGGAGGGGGAGCACUCACCUACUAACUCUCACGCUCUCCUCUCACUUACUUCCAUCUCUUCCACAUUCCUCUACCCCACCUACCCACCCACCUCCCCUUCGUCCUCAGCCUCCUUGGCCCCACUCUACAUGAUGCGAAGGGGCUGGAACCAGCUGCAACAACCACACCACCACCAGCAGCAGCAGCAGCAGCAGCAGCAGCAACAGCAGCAGCCGGAGCAGGAAGGGGGGAGAGAGGAGAAGCCGUUUCCUGCCUUUUGCAUCACUCUGCACAACGGUGACUUUCAGGUGUGUUACUUCCACCUACUCCUCCUCUCCUCUCCUUCUCCUCUCCUCCUGUCCUCCUCCCCUCCUCCCCACCUCCUCCUCUCCUCCUCCACUCCCUUACUCCUCACCCAGCAGCAGCAACAGCAGCAGCAGCAGCAGCAGCAGCAGCAGCAGCAGCAGCAGCAGCAGCAGCAGCAGCAGCAGCAGCAGCAGCAGCAGCAGUACAAGCAGCAGCACUGGCAUCCAGAGCAGCAGUGGCGCACUACCACUGCUGGUAGUACUGGUUUAAACACACACCAUGUGCCGCCUUCUCGGUUUAACGUGCACGGAGCGGGCGGCACCGGUGUAGAGACGGACGGCGGCAGCCGUCUGUUUGUGUUCCUGGGGCGGCAGAGCUACCAGAAGGGCAGCGACUUGAUAGCAGCUGUGGCUGCGUGGGUGUUGAGGGAGCAUCCUACGGCAUGCCUGGUGGUGCUGGGUCCCUGCACAGAUAGGCACGGUCGACUGGCUGUGCAGAACCUCUCCCGCCUGGCCGCCACAGCCUACCCCAACCGUCUAUACACCUCCGACACAGUCGUGACAGCACAGGAGCGAGCAGCACUGAUGGCAGCAGCGGACUUUGUGCUGCUGCCCAGCCGCUUUGAGCCCUGCGGAUUGACAGACGUGGAGUUUGCUUGGAAGGGCGCGCUCGGGUGCGGCUUUCAAGUGGGUGGGCUGGGCAAGACCCCGGGGUUCUACCAGCCGCUCCAGUCGUCGUGCCACGAGCACCAGCAGCAGCAGCUGCUCGCUGCGAUCAAUGCUGCCAUGGCCGCCCCCCCGCUGCUGCUCUCCCUCAUGCAGACGCAUGCCACGCUGCUGCGCUUCUCACCCCAGGUAAGCGGACGCAUGGUGGGGGAGGAGGGCGGGGGUGGGAAGAGGUAG